AUGUUUUCCAUAAGCUCAACCUCAAGCUCAAAUUCUUCUGAUUCAGAUCAAUAUGCGGAAUUUGAUAAUCUAGUUGACGAAUUUCUCACAAAUCACUUACCUAACGUAAUGCUUCCUCAACCACCUCCAUCCGAGAUCAAAAUUGUAAAUGAAAAUGAUACAGUCCCGCAGCAUAGGGGAGAUAGAGAAAGGGAGAAAGGGCAUUUGCAAUUGUACAAUGAUUACUUCGCAAUAAAUCCUGUGUAUUCCGAAAAUCAGUUUCGUCGUCGAUUUCGAAUGCACAAACCUUUAUUCUGUCGGAUUAUGAAUAAAGUGGUUGAGGGUGAUCCGUUCUUCCAGCAGCGUAGGAAUGCAGCUGGUAGGCUUGGCUUAUCACCUCUGUAG